AUGUCAGCAGAGCACAUUGCAAUUGGUCUGGUUGGAUAUCAAAACGGUUACAAAUCAAAGUUGUUGCGUGCAUUUCUAAAUGAUGAGGAACAUGCCUUAGCAUUGUGUAGCAAUGAAGCACAGAUAUUCAAAUGUGCCUCUCCUGAUGCAGCAUGCUACAUAUCAAGAAAGCGUGGACAUGUUGGGUCAGCAUUUUGUGCACAUCCUGGUCAUGAAUCUGAUAGAGUUGUCCUUUCAAAGGAUGUAUCUCUCUUAGAUUUUCCGGGAAUGGGUUUGGAUGAAGCUUUAACCAUUCUACCAUCAACGUCUGCAAACAGUAACAUCGGAGCAUUAUCCACCAGGAUCAGUAAUAUGUGUACUGCAGUAUAUGAGUAUCAUGCUCCUGCUGAAAUGAUAAUUAUGGAUAGCUGUAUCCAUGAAGAUCAGGGUACUGAAAAAACCGUUUUAACUAUACAAGGACGUGUUCUAAAGGGGGUUCUCAAGAAAAAACAGCAGCUAGAAAUUCGUCCUGGAUCAUUUAGUCACGAUGACAAUGGUCAAAUCAUGUGCAAUCCGGUCAUUAUCAAUGUAGCAACUCUAGAUUCAAUUGGUGGUAAUGAUCAGUUGGAGCAAGCAGCCGCUGGUGAUAUGAUUACAGUCAGGAGUAAUAUUGAUUAUGAGCAAAUCGGUGGUAUUGUUGCAGACAUGAGUGGCUUUGUUAUUGGUCAUGUGGAUAGUUUGCCUGAUGUACUCUCAGCACUGAAGCUUAAAGUUAUUCUUCUGCCACUGAUGUUUGACUCGUACACGGAAGAUUUUAAGGAGGUCUCAAUUAUUGAGAAAGGUGAGGUACUGUUGGUGACCGUUGGAAUGUUAUCAGCAGCGGCAGAAGUACGUAAAGUCGUGGAUGAGACUACUGUUGUUGUUACUCUCAAAUCACCCAUCUGUGCAAGGAAAGAAGACAAAGUGCUUCUUCUCAGAUCUGCUAAUGUGUGUUGGCGUUUAAUAGGCCAUGGCCAAAUAGAGGAUGCUACUGUUAUCAAAAUUGGCAAAGCUAUUCAUGGUUAA